GCAUCUAGCUAUAGAAAGUCUGUACUGCAGCAAAAGUGCAAUAGACGCCUUUGGAAAAGCGUGAACGCGUGACCCUUGAGCGUCAAGUGGUAUAUUUACUACAGCAAAACGCAACAUCUUUAGGACGUUUGCCUGCUUGUCAGGAUAUACACUGCAACAGGGUGCACAGUCCUUCUUAGGCGCGGUCAAUUCAUAGGUUCGUAUGCGGUGGCCGCGAUGCAUAUUUGGAUGCUUUCCUACCAAAGCAAAGCCUCCAUCCGAAGCCGACGGUUCAAGCUUAGGCCGUCGAGCUUUGGCUAUUGAACUUGGGAGGCCCCCCGUCGACCAGGCAACACGACCAUUUCUUGCUGUGGAUGAAGAAGUAUUUAUUCCAGAAACCUCGGCGGGCCUUCACUUGUUGCUGCUCGCCGAUGUUGGAGCGACACUUUGCCCGAGCUGGACUUCUGGAUCAAAGGCUGGAAUGUCAGAGUUCAGUUUGGAACAGCUCGGCGAAGAAGUUGUCCUUGGCGAGUUGUUGAGCGCUGGUCCUGAUACGAAGGUAUUCGCAGCCAGAUGGCGGGGAAGCCUCGUGGCGAUUAAACUAACGGUUUCCUCCGGUCCCGACCACCUACACCUCUCAGCUCGCGAGAGGCUUCUGUCUCGUGGCCUCUUCCACCCGCACCUGCUGCGGACCUACGCAGUGUUCUUGGCACGGCUGUCAGAGGAAGACCUGCACUUGGCCUCGGCCAUACCUCGUCGUCACUGCCACAGCCUCUUCUCCGCCCCAGAGAACCCUUCGCAACAGCAACAGCAGCAGCCCGUCUUGCCAGACCUCUGCACCUCAUCCUCCCAUUCCUGCACCUCAUCCUCCCGGUCAUCCUGCACCUCACUUCCUUCGACCACCUCCCAUCUCAUAGCAUGCUGCCUGAACCCCACCAAUUGCCGCAAGCAGUCUCAGCCGCCCAACGCCGACAAUACCGGCCACUGCUUCCGCUGCUGCGACCAUCACCAGCGAAACACCAGCGGCGAACACCAAAACAAGGACAACAACAACAAGAAACCCUUUUUUCUUGCCGACUACAAGGACGACGACGGUGACAUUGACAGCAGCACCACCAGCAGCACUACCAGCACCACCAGCAGCAACCACUCCCACUUUGGGAGCUUCAAUUCCGCAACCCCACAUCCCACGGCAGAG